AAAACCUGCACUUUUACGCGCCUCCUCCGCCUUCCUCCACCUCCCCUCACUUCCUGGUUCCCACUCACGAUGACCAGUGCCUACGCUGCAGAUGGCUUCUACCCAGUCGAGCCGUCCUUCGCGUCUCCUUGCGUCUCCUUCCCUCCCUCCCCUUCCCCCCUUCGCCUAUUGACACGUUUUGCAGAACCGCACCGCCCCAUCAUCUCGGAUCACCGGCAGCUAGACUGGAUCUGGCUUCAAUCCCGCUCGUUCGGCGCCUCUGAGGCAACUUCUGCACGAGCCAUAGGGAUGGGACUUGGCCCCGAGGAAGCUGUGGUUUGGAAGCUCUUUACGCCGCUGCAACGCGUCCUGCUUGUUGCCCUAAUCGCAAUUACCUCUGCAGAGAGGAGGCGAUCCCAGAGAAUAUUGCAGCUUCAGCUCUCUGUCCACAUUAGGGAUGAGAUGUUAAAGAACAUGCAGUUGAAACAUAACGAUUUGUUGGAUCAAAUGACAUUUAUGAAAGAUCACUCUCCAACAUCAGGCAGCAACUUUCAGUCCAAAAAUGAGCAGGUUAUAGUUUCUGAAAUGGUGGAAAAAAAUAAAGCAAAAUUCUUCCAUGGCGAUUGUCGGGCUCCUUAUUUCAACCCAGAUGGCGGCAUUGUUCCUCUCUGUCAUAGCCAAUCCAUUAAGACAAAAGAUGUUUGUGUGACUCAGUCUAGCAAAGAAAGAUUGACAGAGAACAAUUAUGAGAUAUUAACUGAGCAAGAGGAACGCCGAAUGUCUGAUCUAUCUGAUUUUUGUUGGAGUGUUGCUUCUUCUGUAGAUACUCAGCCUGCAGAACUGAGCACAUUGGCAGCAGAACAGGAGCUUUACAAUCUUAGAAAGGAAUUCGAAGAGAAGAAUGCCACCAUUAGGGAACUGACAACUGCUGCUCAUACUUCCAAUGUUACUUACUCUAAGAGGAUUACAGAACUGGAAGAGGUUAUAAGAAGGAAGAACAUGGUAAUUACGAAGUUGAAGAAGGAUAUGUUUGUUUUAGAGCAACAGAUAGUCAAAUUCACGAGGCUUCGAAGGCCAUCAUCGACGCCUUUUGCUUCAGACUCAACCACUGAACGUCCACCGCUUAUGACGGAAAACAUUCUCUAUGACAUGAGCAGCAGCAGCACAUCCUCCUCUGACCGAGAUUCUCCUCAGAGGGGUGGAUUCGGAUUGAAUCCAUCAAGCAAUUCAAGCAAUGGGAUGAAACAUGGGAGGCUUGAUAUAACGAAGGUUAUGGGCUCUUCUGUCUCAACACUACAGGAAGCAAUGUGCCCUCUCAGGAAGAAUCGUGUGAGCAGGAAACUUGAAGCCAAUGCUUCAGUAAGUUCAAAGCAGUUUGCUUCUUCUAUCACAGAUGAGAAGAAGUCUAGGAGCAGAAAGCCGCAGGCAGAGAUGAUGACUGCAAAGAAGAAAUGGAUUUAGUCCUUUUAAGCAAGUUGACAGCUACUGUGAGCUGCUAUUGUUUCAGAGCUUGGGGUAGGCGUAGGAUAUGUUCCAGCUUUGCGAGGCUUUGGCUGAGUUUAGUGUCAGGUUAUAUGUGCCGGUUUCUUACCAAUAGAGUAUUAUUAUUUUUAUUAUUAUCAGCUG